AUGACAUCUCCAGAGUACGCGCACCACUUCUCCCGUGACAAUAUUCCCUUUGGCAUUGCGUCCUCCCCGACGCAUGAGGCCCCGCAAGCUGCCACAAGACUCCAAAACACCGUCAUCUUCCUCAACGACCUCGCAGAAGCGGGCACCUUCUCCAUCGUCCAUGACUUACCGAAAGGGAUCUUUGCCAAGGAAACACUUAAUGAAUUCGCUUCACUUCCGAAAUCGGUGCAGAGCGCUGUGCGUAACAUAAUCAGAGACGCAUUUGGCAAAGGGGGAAUCGAUGCCUUUCCUGCAGGAUGCUGCGAGGAUAUCCGACGGGUUACCAUGCACAUGCCCGUCAAUGUCGGCGACUUCAUAGACUUUUCUUGCUCUCUUGAACACGUCAAGAAUGCAGGCCGCAUUAUCAUCAACGACGAGCGUCCACCGCCCGCGUUUUUCCAUUUGCCGAUCGGUUAUCAAGGACGCGCCGGCUCAGUUUUCGUUUCCGGUACGGAUAUCGAGAGGCCUGUCGGGCAGUAUCGUGAUACGACCUCAGACGGGCACAUUGUCCUCCGGCCGUCGCUUGCUGUCGACUAUGAGAUGGAACUGGCUGCGAUUAUCGGUCGACCGCUGCCCAGGAACCAGAGGUUGUUGGCAACGGAUGCCGACAAGCACAUCUUUGGGUUUGUGAUUCUCAACGACUGGAGUGCACGGGAUAUUCAAGGCCUGGAAAUGAUGCCUCUAGGUCCUCUGAACGGCAAGAACUUCGGCACUUCGAUUUCCCCGUGGAUCGUCACCCUCGACGCCCUCGAGUCUUUUAAAGCUGCAGCGCCUCCCAGGGUGCAGCCCCUGGUGGACUACUUAGAUGAUCCCGAAAACGCCACAUACUCCAUUGCCAUGCAAGUCGAGGUUCUGUCGGAAAACUCGGCGACCGUUACCGGGAAGUCGAACGUUCAGACCAUGUACUGGACCCCAAGGCACAUGGUAGCCCAUGCUGCCAGCGCCGGAGCACCUUUGAGGUCAGGAGAUAUCAUGGCGACUGGGACCGUUAGUGGCCCGGAAAAGGGAUCGCAUGGGUGUUUGCUGGAGACGACAGAGGGAGGAAAGUCGCCUAUUAUCCUCGAGAAUGGAUCUUCUAGGAGGUAUCUGCAGGAUGGUGAUAUUGCGCGGAUGACGGCGGUGGCGGGGGAGUCUUCAUCUGGAGUCGGCUUUGGAGAAUGUGUUGGUCGGUUGCUGCCAGCUCAAGGAUGGUAUGAUUAG